GAAACAAACAACAAACUAAACAGAAAGGAAAACGAUAAUGAAUCGAAACGGUCGAACGCGGCCAUCCAGAUAACUCACGGUACUUUGGGUUGGGCUUGGGCUGUCAAGAGGAACGGCGCGGAACUGCCAUGUACGCAUCAUUGACCCCCCCCCCCCCCCCCCCCCCCCCUCCCACCAAGCUUGAUCUUGCCCUCAAGGUCGAAGGUCGGGAAAUGAUCUCGAAUCUCGAGCACCUCCUCCCAUGUAGCCUCCUCCAUCGGAAGGUGUUGCCAUAGUACCAAACAUUCCUCCACAACCCGGCCAGCUCGCCUAGACCAACGAUGGUCAAGAACCUGCAGUGGAGUCGACUCGAGGCUACCAUCGUCCGCAACUGGCGGUUUCGACACCUGUUGUGCUUCCGCCUCGCCCACGUACUUCUUGAGCAGAUAAACAUGGAAAACAAGGUGAAUUUUCUCCAUAGGAGGAAGCACAAGCCGAUAAGCGACCGCUCCAAUGCGCUUAAGAACACAAUAUGGUCCGAAAUAUCAUGCCGCCAACUUCUGGGAGGCUCGCCUGAAAAUAGUGGAUUGGGGAUAUGGAUGCAGACGCAACAUGACUGAUUCGGGCUCAAUCGUACACUUUUUACCCCCCGGUUUCCUUAGUCGUUUGAGGCAUUUUUACUCCGGGAGGUUUGGUUUUACGCUGGGUUUUGUCUCGAUUUUGUGCAUUUUAGUCUAUAGCAGGUGAAACCAAACUCAAAGUCGAAAGUUGGACGAAAAGGCGAAAAAUCGGGUCAAAGGAUUGAGGCAGUUGCAGAUUAUGGUGAAAGCCAUUAGUUCACGGUCAUGGCGACCGUGAACUAGAGCCGCAAGCCGUGAACAUCAAGGCGUCCAUGGACAUUUUUGCUUUCACUGGACUCAAGUCAAGCCGCAGAUCGUGAACUGGAUUUAUGAGACGACACAUUUUGGCCUGGGAUCAUGGUCCACGCCUUGAGUUCACGGCUGUGAACGGGGACUCUGAUGUGAGCUCGACCUAUGUAUAAAAGGGGGUUUGAGCUGAAGGAGAAAAGGGGAGACAGAGACCAAGUGUGGGAAACUUCUUCUUCUUCUUCUUCAGAUUUUUAGAGUGAGAAAGUGACGAACCAAAGAUGAGAAGAAGCUAGGGUUUCAUCUUAAGGCAACGAUUUGGGAAUUCCUUCCCCAAAGGAGGAUCUCUUCAACACAAGGAGCAUUGCUCACAUCUACAUGAUGGUUUUCCUUCUUCUCUCUUAUGUUUUCCCUUCUCCUAGCAUGGAGUAGUCCCUUAUUUCACUUGGGUGUUUGUAAACCCUAGCUACAAUUAUGUGAAUGUUUGUAUGGAUUGAAUGAUUUGUGUGUGGAUGUGUUUUAAUGUGAAUUUGGAGGUACUUUCAUGAAAGAUUGUGUUGUGUGUUUGCCUAUCAAUCUAUUUGCCAUUCUAAUCUAGGUAGAAAGAAAACCCUCUUUCUUUGAAAUAGGCUUGUAAAGCUGGAUUUUCUAAGGCAAAUCUUGUCUCCUAUCUAGGUUAAUGUAGGGGAAGCCUCUUUGUUCGUAUUAGCACCUAGGGUUGGUUGUAAUUUGGCCGUCCAAAAUCCGAUUCGAGGGUGAAGUUUUGACAACCCUUAGUCAAUAGGUCAAGAGAGCUACUUUAGUGGCUUGAAUAGAAUUUCCUUGAUCUAGAGAUCGAGAGAGUGUGUUGGCUACUUGUUGCAAUUCCCUACGGUUUACAACCACCUUACCACAUGUGUCCAUUCGAUCCAACAUGUCAUAAUUGCUAGCUAGGGGGAGCAACACUUGGGUGAAGCCUUCUCAAUUAGUGUCAAAUUCAUUUACAUAGGAGGAUUGUGUGUGGUUCUUGCUAGGAAUGAAAGAGAAAAGAGUAGUGUUGGAGUAAGUUCUUAAAAGAGAGCAUUGGUUGUUAAAUGUAAUGUGGCAAGUGUUUUAAUCUCUAGUACCCCCUCAAAAAGAAAAAGAAAAAAAGAAGAAAGAAAAUGAAAGUAGUAGGAAAAAAAUAGAAAAAGAGGUAAUAAAAUGGGGCAAGAUAGGGGAAGAAUGAUGUUACUGCUUUGCUUGGUAAGUGAAAGUUGGGAUUUUUCUGGGAUAGGAGAUUUGAGCUUCAAGGAGAAGACAACACAUACUCGCUCGAGGCUAGGUUAUUACACAAAACAUUAUGAUAAUAGUAGUUGUUCACACAUACUAUAUAAAAGAAAGAAAAAUAAAACGACAGAGUUUAGAGUUCUAAGUGGAGAAUUGGGGCGAAAGGAAUCGGAUCUGCCACAUGUCUCACUCGUCGGCUACCUCUCAAUGAGUUGAAGGCCCCGGCUCAUCAUCUGGAAGGAGGCCCUGGCGACGAGCAAUCCACUCGAGCAGGACGGUAUGCCGGUCUAGCCGGGAACUGACUCCCACGACGUGGGUCUCAAUACUGUCCAUCCUCUCCACGAGGGGCACCGCAGAAGUGGAAGGACCGGCAUUUGAUGGUGCUGUUGCUGGUGGUGGUACAGGGCGCUAGAGUGAGGGACGGCAGCGGCGACCGAGAGCUCAAACAGGUGGCUGCUCUAGAGGUGGUGCCUCUACAUCGGGCUCCACUAGAGCCGGGUUAACUGCUGGCCUCAUGACUUCUAAGGGUCGAAGCCCAUCGAGGUACUCUAUCUCUCGCUCUCCCUGAAGCUCCAGCUUUCAUGUUGUAGAGAGUAGCCACCGGGAAGGGCUCGGUCAUGCUCUGGGUGGUAGAGGGCCUGGAAUGCGGUCUGGUAGCACUACAACAAAUUCGGUCUAUUAGGACAAAAAAUUUAUUUUGUCAUUUUGGUUUGUCACAAUAGGUAUGGUGAUAUGACAAAAAUAAUAUAUGUCCUAUUUGGUAUGCCUAAUGUGACAAACAAAUUGUUGUCAUAAUAAUUUGUCAUUUAAAGUAAUAUGACAAAUAGUUGGUGUCAAAAAUUAAUUUCUCAAAAUAGGUGUCCCAAAUGGGGAUGUAAGAGACUCAACAGUGACAAACUUCUUGUUGUCAGAAUAGUUCGCCAUUUAAAGUGAGUAAUGUGACAAAUAUUUUGUGUCACAAUUAAGUUUGUCAAAAUAGGCAUCCCAUAUCGGGAUGUAAGAGACACAAAAGUGACAAAUUAUAUCGUCCAAGUAGCUUUUGUCAUAUUAUGCCUUACUGAAUUGUUUAAUGACAAAAUAUUUUUUCACAACAGAUAGUAAUAAUCUCAUGGCGUGCUGACAAAAAGACAUGUUCGUCAUAAUAUAGUGGUUUCGGGUUUGACAAAAUGCAUGUGCUGUCAUAUUAUGCCUUCUCGUGAUUUUAUCUGUGGGUGGGAAAGGAAACUAAAAUUGCCGCUCUCCUUAAAAUCUUUUGACUAUUGUUUAUAAAAAAAUCUUUUGACUAUUGAAAAUUUUUAAGUUCCCUGCAGCCCGCCUUUUUAUUUUGGGAUUUGCUUUUAUUUUUCUUUCAUUCAAAAUAAAAAACCCAAAAAACUGAAUCUGUUUAUUCCCUCAUAAAAAAUGCUGCCAUUUUAAAAAAAAUUGCAUUAAAAAAUUUCUUUCUCCCUCACCUUCCACUCGGCACAUAGUCCAUUCCCCUCUCAUAGUCUCACACAAUCCCUUACCCAUUUGGUCGCCCCAACUCUCUAAAACGACCUUUCUUCUUCUUCUUCUUCUUCUUCUCAAUGGACGGAAACAUCUUCCUCUGAUCCUAUCUGUUCUCUUUUAUUCUUCUCCAAAUAACCAAAGGCCCAUCAAUCCUUCUGCCCCCACCACACAAAAUCCAUCUCUCUCCCAAUUCCUUCACGUAUACCCUUCUUCCACUUCUCAUCUCUCACGAUUUGACGAUGACGAGCCGAAUCCGACCGCCUCUUCUCCUUGGACUAUCACGCAAGACGACGAGCGAUUCCUCCAUGUGGAUCCACCCUUCGUCUCGGUUAAGAGGGAGAAGAAUCAGAAGACAGAUCAACCUCAGGCUCCUCCCUUCGUGUAUUCGUCUCGGUCGUUAAUCCACCCUUCAACUCGCCUUUGUGUAUAUGGUCGAUCACCUCAGAUGAGACAAUUGAGUGGGACUGGGGGUUAUUGGUGGCGAUGGUUGGCUCUACGCUGUCGUCGAGGUGAUGGCGAUGAGACGAUUGAGCUGUCUUCCCUCCGUCAGCCAAAUUCAAAAUCCAUUCUCCUUCGGCGAACUCGACGUUUAGCCGCUUUGGAGAGGGAUCAUGAGAACUAAAAUCAAUUGGGUGGUUGGUGGCGGAUUCGAGAGGCCAAGGGAUAGUGUGGAAGAACGCUCAGAUCUACAGGUUCUUUUGUGGUUUCUUCCUCCUCUCUUUCAUCCAUGAUUUUGUUCACCUUUGUAUUUGGGGUAUGUUCAUAGUUAGGGUUUAUUUUAAUUCUUUUCGGCAGAGAUUUCAGACAAUGAGGCUAGCAGUGGGGAGUUAAUUAAUACUUCUUUGUUGGGUGGUGGUGUGGGUAACACGAGGGGAUUGUAGUUCCAAAGGGGGUCGCUGUAAUCAGUAAGGUUCGCCUCAUAAUCCCCCAUUUAAGUGUCUUUCAUUCUAUUUGUUUUUCUCGAAAUCCACUUGUUUAAUGGUUGUAUUUGCUAUUGCCUUUAACAGAUAAGUUCAUCUUUUUUUAUUAGUUGAGUUUCUCUGAUUUGAGCUGGUAAAUGCUUUGUUGUUAAGUUAUGAAGCAUUCGAGUUGAGAGGUUCCAGCAACCCAGGGGAUUGAUUGGAUCCCAGCGAGAUACAGUGGUGGAUUUUGGCAGAUUAAGAGUGUUUUAGAGGAGAGGCAGAUUUUAGUGGUAAUCGGUUUACUCAGCGCUGUUUAAGAAACAUUCUCCUCACCCCAGAGAAUCUUUCCUAAGCAUCCCUCAAUGUCUCAUCCUCCUCUUGAUCAAAGUGAGUGAUCUUCUUCUUUCCACUGUGCAGUCUUGGAAGGAGGAAAAUAUCGGGUCAUGAACUUGUUGAGUAAAUAGUCCCAAGAGGUGAUGGAUAGAGCCGGACGGUUGUUGAGCUAUUAAGUUCUUUCCCCGCCAAAGAAUAGGGGAAGAGCCUCAAUCGCAAUACCUUCUCGGGGAUGCCAUUUAUCUUCAAGCUUCCCGCUAGCUCAAGAACCUUUGGACAUGCUCUUGUGGUGAUUCAUUGGCAAGCCCAUGAAAGUAGGUGAUAACGAUGUAUUUGCACGUGUUUGCACCCUCAUUUCUUAUCCGUUUGCGACUCCUAGUCGUGCAUCUUUGGCCUAGUUUACGCUAGGUUGUGCUAUUUUGUCACAUUUCAGGUCCCAAGCGUCAAAGGAGAGGCUAGACGCGAGUUUCAUGUCGUUUGGAGGUCGUUCGGUGGAGCUGGAGCAAAAACAUGGGCAGCCCUUUCAAAAACACGGUCGUGUUCCCCAUGCCGUAUUUUUACUGCCAAGGGCGUGCUCGUGAUGGCUGCUGAGGGUCAAAAACACGGGCUCCAUUGGACCAAAACACGGCCGACCUGAAGCAGAGUUUCCUUCACUCUAUGGAGUAAACUCUCUCUCUCACCUAGGUAUGAAGAACCCUAGAUUUGUAUGUUAGGGCUGGUUGUAUGAACCCAAGUAAGAAUUCUUUGAUAUUGAUUAUAUUCAAUUGAGGCAUGGUUUUGUGAAUUGCAUGAAUCCUGAUCAAAUUCGUGUUAUUCCUGCUUUGACCUAGAAUGAGAAUAUCUGCCUAGGUUGAUAGAGCACCCUUGAUUGAAGGUAGUGAAUUGACGACUCUAGUCGAGGAGCCAAUUCAUUAUUCUGUACUGGAUUUACUCAAGUAGAGGAGGUUUUGUACGUUAGGGCCUCCAUUUGUUUACUCUGUUGCAGGUUAGUCGCCCGCUGGAGACUCAGAUUGAGAGGAUCUGGAGACCUUUAGUCGAGACGACAGACUGUCUAAGAACCUCCCGUAGUAUAAUUAUCAUUGAAUCUGAACUUGUCAAAUUGCAGCUUGACUUAAUUGCAGCCUAGGGGGAACCAUAUCUGGGUGACCUCUCUCAAACUUGGAACACAACAUUUACUGCUUUUGUUUGCUAGUUUAGUUGGAACUUCACUACAGUUAAACCACUAAAUAAUAAGAAUAUCACGGA